UACAGAGAGAAGGAGGUGGACGAGGAGGAGAAAGGGUGUCCCGGCCAUGGCGGGGGGAGAUGGCGCCGUUGCCCCCAUGUGCCCGCAUCGCUCGCUCGGUCACCAUAUCGCACCAGGGCACUCCUGCUCCCUCUCUCCCUCUCUCGCAUCCAUCGUGCAGCGGCUCCCCCGCAUCUUCCAGGCUCGCUGCCCUGCACUUGGCUGUCGCCAUAUCGCUCCUGCAGCGCCCUGUUCAGCCGCCUUUCCCGCCGCUCUCCCGACCAGCACUUCUCCUGCCCUUGCGGGGCCUGUCUCCAUCUUAUCUUCCACUUUCCGGGCCACCGCUUUCCUGGCUUUCUUUGACAGGCCGCACUCAUCCCUCCGUAACAUCGGCGCUGCCCUCUUGCCCGUCCGAUUCCUCUUCUGCCUCACUCGACCGUCCAGCUGCGGCUGAAUCAUGCAAACAGCCUAAAUGUCAUCCUUGGCCCCAACAGAAAGUCAUGGUGGCUUGCGACGGAGGGGCUCUGUCGAGUCCAUCAUUUCGUAUGCCCCAACCCCCCGGCCUUUCCACACUCUGAAGCGCUCGCUGUCGACCGGGCCCAACGGCGUCUUGCCGACGCAGCAGCAGCAGCAGCAGCAGCAGCCUUAUACCAAGAACUUGUCGCUUAUCAAGACUAAGGCCUAUCCCCACUCGCCCUUGAUCAUCAAGUACAACGAACCCAACCUGCUGGAGCUUCCCGAGAGCACGCUUGACUUUGCUCGGUCGCUCUAUUCGUUCAUCCAGAAGAAGGUCAAGCCCUUCCGCAAGGAGCGGCGCACACCCACGCUGCCCUUCGAGAUCAUCGUCUCCAUCUUCUGGUUCAUGGACCGCCGCAGCCUCGAGCUGCUGCGGUGCGUCUCACACACUUUCCGCAUCGCUGCCGACACCACGCUCUUCCAACGGUACCGCAGGGCCAAGGCCCUGGUGAGCUUCACCAUCCCAGGCGGCAUCGGCGAAUGCUCGCUGCAAAUGUUCCUGAGCUCGGUCAAUUCGCAGCUCGGCACAUUCGUGUUUCUGCCCCGUGCGGUUUCGGAUGCAUCGCAGAGCCCGCGGACCCCCGCCGUUAUCGGCUCGUCCAUCAAGGACUAUGAAGGGCCCACUGUCCAGUCGCCUUCGGUGGCUGCCAUGCGCGCUUUUGGUCUGGAGCCUUCACUCCGCACCUUCCCACGGCUCAUGUCGUUCGCCCUCAACGGCCGCUCGACCGAGCUCCCCCAGUGGCAGGUCGAGAGCGGUGGCUGGUACGCUGGAUUUGUUCGGACCGAGCCCGUCGCAGAGGUCGUCGAGCGUGGCUUGCCGGCCGAGGGCAUCCGCUGCAAGAUCCUCGACAGCAAGGGUGGUCAGUGGUGCCUGCGAUACACCCUGCGUCCAGUACCGGACCCAGAUGCCCAGCCCACCAAGGCGGAUGAUGUGGGCAUAGGCCCGUCGCGACCCAGGAUCUAUCAAACCUCCCGUUCGGGUCCGCCCAAGGUUCCCCGGCUUGGCGUCGAGCUCUGUAUUGAGUCGUUUGAAAUCACGAUCGGGGCGGCUGUGGCUCUGGUCCACGGCCCAGCGCCAAAGAGCUUUCCUCGUGCCGGCGGCUCGUUCUUUGCGGCCCAUUGGAGGGCCUUUGAGGCCCAGCUCGCCCGCAACGGAAGCAUUCGCCCCCAUGUCGCUGCUGCCUUAUGGAAGGAUGCCCUUCAGCUCAAGCGGAUCGCCAACGAGCCAAACUCAGCACAGGCCCUGGUUUUGCACCAGUGGCUCGUCCGCCAUCUGGACGAAUGCGAUGUCUCGCCAGACUCGGUCGAUACGCUCUUCGAGGCCAUCAAGGCGAUGCGCAUAUCGAUGGUGACGCAUAUCCUGUAGCCGCCCAAGAUCGCCAUGGCUACUUGCUGAUGUAAGCCGAACUCUAGCCCGGACGAGACAAUCCACACGCCAUCCGAAAGCAUGAUCUGUUCAAGUACAAAGCCAAAUCCCUUUGAAAUAUGUGAUGCAAUAUGUGAUGCGAUUUGUUAAUGGCACGAGGGAUUCGACGGGUGGUGUAGAGCGCGAUGCCAUGUGGGAUGUGAUGUUUGAUGCGAUGCGAUGGCCACAGCCGCGAUCUCAUUCGAUAUGGGAGGUGAAUCCGUUUUCUCCCGCGUCCUUCCGUAUUUGUCGCUGUCUUUUGCUACUGCUCUCCUCGCAAGUGUGUAUCCUUGCUUUGUCAAUGAUUCUGGAAAUACAAAUAUGGAUGUAUCCGUGU